AUGAAUCAGUUGAAACUGCUGAUGGCCAUUGCACAGAUACAAUUUAGCGUGGCCAACAUUAAUUGUUUUCAAAAAUUUGAAGAAGAUAAUGUAAGUUUUUGUUCGUGCGAUCCAGCGAUUGAGGACAGGAGCUGGUCCACGUUCUCGUUUCUAGAGGCCCUCAUGUUGUGUUCAAUGAGAUGUUCACAAACAGCCAGCUGUGUGGCUUACAACUUCUUCAAUGCCACCAAUCAGUGCCAACUCUUCAAUCAAACAUUGAACAAGUUCUCUGUAGUGUCCGGCUGCCAAUAUUAUGCAAAAAACGAUAAAUAA